UGGCGCCAAAAUGGCAUGAGCUUCAUCUGUUACCAUUCGGAGAUUUCAAGCUUGAGCCUUGAAGCACUCUCUAAAGUAGCUCGCUUGAACUACAAAACACGCGACCGCCCGCUGGAGCUCUGCCACGUGCAAAUACACAUUCCUUCCAGCCAAGUCAUACUUUCUUUCCCCUAGGAUACCGAAAUUUAGGGCUCUCUAAGCUUAUGCCCAGCUUAUUCGAUGUACUUGGGAAGGUUCUUAUAUACGGACAAAGACUCUGCAUAUAUCCAUCUGCGUUCGACUCCGAAGAUGAGAGAACUUUCAAUCUGUCCCUUGACAAUCCAGGAGUCGAAGAUGUAACAUUAAUCACUUCCGACAAAGUUACUCUUAAAUGCUAUCUUUUGCGCGCGUCGCACGAUAGAUCGCGCACAAGUUUGCCUGAUCUGCGACUGUCUAUCCGUACCGUAACACCCUCUGUCGUUCCUCGUGCAAUCAUUAUCAUGUUUCAUGGCAAUGGUUAUCAUGCCUGGCUCCAUUUAUCCAGUGCAAAACGAUUUCUUCGACUUGGAUGUGACGUCUUAGUGGUGUCUUAUCGAGGAUAUGGACAUUCAUCUGGGAAACCGUCUGAAAAGGGGCUUCGAAGAGACUCCCAAGCAGCACUCGAGUAUGUUCUCGCCGACGCUGAACUUUCCAAAUCACGUAUCGUUUUACACGGACAUUCACUCGGUGGUGCAGUAGCUAUAGACCUUGCUGGUCGGAAUCCCGACAAGAUCUCUGGACUCAUUGUUGAGAACACAUUCCUUUCUAUACCUCUUGUUGCCAAAGAAAUCCCUGGCAUUCGACAUUUGACGUUCAUCAUUCACCAGAGAUGGGAGUCGUAUAAACGGAUAUUGAAGAUACCCAAACACAUUCCAAUAUUAAUGCUAUCCGGAAAGGAGGACGAGGUGGUUCCCGAAUGGCACAUGCUAAAACUUUGGGAGCUAGCGGGGAUGCGCGGUGAGGGAACGGAUGUGAAGAGAUCUGGGUCGGAAGGAGAGGAAACGCAUCCGAAUUGUGGUAACGAUAUGUUUAAGAGCAUAGCUGGAGGAACUCAUGCGGAUACAUGGACGCGGUCAGGUUACUGGUCAACAGUGCGCACCUUUCUGGAAAAACUGAACACAUAAAUUUAUGUGUCACCUAAACACAUGACGACACUGAGCCCCCAGGCAGGCCCUCGGUGCUCGCUCAGAAACAAUUCUGCGAUCAAGUGUAAUCUUGUUGCAAAAGAUGCGAAGACGGAGUUCUGAGCGGUUCUCGCAGGGGGAGGACAUCCUGAACUUAUCUAGCGGGCCUUGGUCGCUGACGUGAUAAGAUAAGAUAUGAUUAGAUAUGAGUGGGGGCAUACAUACAAAUUACAAAUGACUCUGAGGGAUGCCUUGUUCGGAUCGUGACAAGUCCUGCUGUGCAAAUUAAUCGUGCUUAGCUUUCUUUCUAUCCAUGGCGGACCCGAUUUCUGCCAUUAGUUUCGCCGCGCAAAUGUUCUCUAUGGCGAUGGAUGCUUA